CCCAGCUGGGACGGCGAGCACACUGAUGGGUAUGUAGGGCAGGGCACUUUCAGCCGCCGAGCUGCCCACUGCGGCUUACACCUCAAUGUCGCCGAUGACAGAUCGGGCCUGACAUACCGCGCCCACCAAACCAUGAACUAUUAAAGGCUGGGGAGGUGUGUGGUCGCACUGGUUUCAUAUUCACUUUGACGACCGCGAGUUCCUGCCUUUGCUUCUUUGUUCUUGGUCUGCAUCCUCGAUACUGCCCUCGAGCAUCCACACUUACGUCGCAGUAGAGCAGUGUAGCACUUACCGCUUGUAUAGUCGCGGUCGCCAUGUUGACUUCAAAUUCCUCCGUCGAGGACAUGGAGAAGGGUGCUACGGACUAUGCGCACCUGGCAAACACGACGGUCCACAGCUUCAGUUGGGACAGUGUCACCGUCAGCGUCAAAGACCGUAAGACAAAGCAGCCACUCGAUAUCCUCUCUGGCGUCGAUGGCAUCGUCGAGGCUGGUGAGGUGCUGGCUUUGAUGGGACCGAGUGGGUCUGGAAAGACUACUCUGCUCAAUGUGCUCGCGCAUCGAGCUGCGGCAGCAAACGCCACUAUCCAGCAGACAUUGGCUAUCAACGGCGCACCGACGUCUCUCGCUUCAUUCCGCAAGCUGAGCUCGUUUGUCGAGCAAGAAGACGCACUCGUCGGCUCACUUACAGUCCGCGAGACACUGCACUUUGCAGCACAGCUUGCGCUACCAAGCUCGGUCAGUAAAGCGGAACGCAACGCCCGCAUCGAAGGCCUCCUCUCAUCCUUCGGUCUCCAGGACCAAGCAGACACUAUCAUCGGCACACCACUCCGCAAGGGUGUCUCUGGUGGCCAGAAGAGGAGAGUCAGUGUUGCUGCACAGCUCAUGACGAGUCCGAGGAUACUCUUCUUGGACGAGCCGACUAGCGGGCUUGACUCAGCGGCCAGCUGGAAAGUCAUGAGUUUCGUCAAGGAGCUCGCUAAGAAACAUAGAUUUCUGGUUCUGGCUUCGAUCCAUCAACCAUCAACCACCACCUUUGAGCUCUUUGAUAAGCUCCUGCUCCUAUCAAAGGGCAAGGUUGCAUACAACGGCCCUGUCGCAGGCAUCAAAGACUACUUCUCCGGCCUCGGAUACAAUAUGCCUCUCUACACGAACCCCGCCGAAUAUGUGAUCCAGCUCGUCAACACCGACUUCGCACCUGACUCUACAGGCCAGCUCGCCCACCUACACACGUCCUGGACGCACUCGUCCCACGCCGCACUCGUCAAGCUUCAAAUCCACUCCAAGUCCAUGUCUCCCGAGUCAGCGCCCGCCUUACGAAUCACCCCAUCCGCGGCGAAUCCGCUCCUCAUCCCUCUCACGCUCAUCCACCGCUCGUUCAUAAAAUCCUACCGCGACGUCGUCGCAUACGGUAUCCGCAUCGUCAUGUACCUCGCACUCGCCGUGAUGAUGGGCACAGUAUGGCUACGUCUUGCAGCGACGCAAGAAAACAUCCCCGCCUUUACAAACGCCAUCUUCUUCGGCAGCGCAUUCCUAUCCUUCAUGGCCGUCGCAUAUAUCCCCUCGUUCCUCGAAGACCUAGCUCUGUUCCGCAAAGAGCGCUCAAACGGACUCUACGGCCCGACGGCAUUCGUGCUCGCCAACUUCGCCCUCGGCGCGCCGUGGCUCCUCCUCAUCGCGACGUUAUUCAGCGCCGUCGCGUACGCGCUCGUCGGCUUCGCGCCGGGCCCCGCCCGCUUCUGGACAGCCGUCGCGUGGCUGACGCUCGACCUGCUGGCCGCCGAGGCCCUGGUCGUGCUGCUGUGCAGUCUAAUCCCCAUCUUCGUCGUGGCGCUCGCGGCUGCCGCGUUUGCAAACGGCCUGUGGAUGUGCGUGGGCGGGUUUAUGGUGCGCCCUGAUGCGCUCAAUGUGUUUUGGCGGUAUGCGUUUCACUAUGUUGAUUACCAGGCGUAUGUGUUCCGCGGGUUGAUGGUGAAUGAGUUUGCGCAUAGGGCGUAUGCGUGUGCGCCGCGCACGGAGGGGGGGUGUUACUGCGCGAUCCCUAGUGGGCUUGCGGAGCAGUGUAUGGUGGAUGGAAGGGCGGUGUUGGAUGGGUAUGGGUAUAAGACGGGUGGGGUGGGGAGGUAUGUCGGGUAUAUGGUUCUUAUUAUCUUUGUGUACAGGGUGUUGGGCUGGGUUGCGCUGUGGGCGAGGAGGCAUUAGGCCGUCGGUGACGAGGCCAUGUAUCCAGACCAGCAGCCAUGUCAUCUCUAUCCUGAUAUAAUUCCCAGGGCUCGAUCGCCGUGACGACCUUGCAUCGGGGGCAUCGCAUCGGUGUCGGAAAGCAACGCCGC